CCAGUGAAAUGGAUAAAUGAUAUGAAAUAUUUUGCCACUGACAGUCAACACGUACUCUUCAAGUUCCGUGUAUUUCCUCUCAUCAAGUAAAUGUAAUUAUCUAAUAGUUAUGCCCAAAAUACUCCUUCCACUGUACUUGUGCAUUUCUGUUGUAUCUGAUUUGCUAUGUCUGUCACCCUAAUGUGUUGUUAUCUGGCCGUUAGCUGUAGAGGGAUCCACAGAGGCAACUGGGAUGGAUGGUGAGCAGCAAAACGAGGGAACAACAACCCCAACACAGGACCAGCCAGCUCAAGGCCAGGGAAAUACACCAGCACAAGUGUCAAAUGAGGGAUCAAACACAGACAACCCGGCAGGGAGUUUGGUUGACAUGGGAACAGGAACUGACAAGGUAGACAAGAAAGAUGAGGAAAAGUCUGAAGAAACUGAGCAUGCUGGGCCUGAAGAAGCAGAGGGACAAGGUAAAGACAAUGAAAUUGUACCUGAAACCGAGAAGCCCCCGGAGGAGCAGCCUCCAAGUGAGACAGGAGAGCAGGCUGAUACUGUGGAGCAGGGUCAGGCUGUUGUGAAUGAUUGGGGAGAUGAGGCUAAGGAAGAAGGGACCACUGAUCAAGGUGAAACAGAAAACAUUGUUGAAAGUCAUGGAGAGAAACCGACAGAAGAGUCCACUCAGGAGAAGGGAGAAACUGAAAAGCAAACUGAAAAGAGUGAAGAGGCUGAGAAAGAAGCUGAAGGGAAGGGAGAAGCUGACAAACAAGAGGUUGACAAAGAAGCUGAACAGAAUAAAGAGGUUGAUAAACAAGCUGAACAGGAGGGAGAAGCUGACAAUCAAGCUGAACCAAAUGGAGAAACUGACAAACCAGCUGAGACAUCUGGAGAGGGGCCAGUCACCUCAGGACAGGAAGAGGAGGGGCAAGCUGAAGAAGGUGUUCAGGGAGAUGGGGAGCGUGGGGAAGGGAGUGGCUCUCAGAAGGGAGACGAGGACUUGAAUGCCUGGGGAGAGAGUAGGGAAGAUCUGGUAGAGACCAUGGACCCGUUAUUCUACUACAAUGCAGAGGAGCAUGUGUCAGGUGCACAGGUACAGGAGGAGUCUGGCCUGCCUCUUGACAUGCUCACACUCAACCAUUCGUACGGUUAUGACUGCACCAAACGUGCUAAUCUCCACAUCCUGGAUGAGACGACGGUGUGCUUUGUAGCAGGUAACCUGGUGGAGUUACUGAACCUGACCAGCAAGGAGCAGACAUACCUCCGCAGUACAAGUGGAGGAGGUGUUGGAGCUAUUGCUGUACAUCCAAGCAGAAAAUUCUUUGCUGUAGCAGAGAAAGGGAAAGUCCCUAAUAUAAACAUAUAUGAGUACCCAUCUCUGAAGUUGCACCGCAUACUGAGAGGAGGAACAGAGCAGUGUUAUAAUUAUGUGGACUUCAGCCCUGAUGGAGAACUGCUGGCCUCCCAGGGAGGGGAGUCAGACUACAUGUUAACAGUGUGGAGAUGGAGACAGGAGAAGAUUGUGCUGCGCUCCAAGGCCUUCUCCCAGGAGGUGUUCAGGGCAACCUUUUCCACAGAGCUUGAAGGACAGCUGACCACAGCAGGCACCAGCCAUAUCAAAUUUUGGAAGAUGGCUGACACAUUUACAGGUUUGAAGCUACAAGGUCAGCUGGGGAAGUUUGGUCGCACAGAGAUCUCUGAUAUAGAGGGUUACGUGGAGUUGCCUGAUGGGAAGGUCUUGUCAGGCUGUGAGUGGGGGAAUCUUCUGGUCUGGGAUGGAGGGCUCAUUAAGGUGGAGAUCUCUCGUAAGGGAGGCAAAUCCUGUCACCAUGGCCCAGUCCAGCAGAUCUUACUGGAUGAAGGAGAGUUGAUGACUGUCGGAGUGGAUGGAUUCAUCAGAGUGUGGGACUUUGAAACAAUAGACACAGCUGAAGGUGUAGAUGAAGUGGGUUUGUUUGAAAUGGAACCAAUGAAUGAGCUGCAAGUGGAAAUGGAUGUCAAGCUUAAGUCCAUCGUGAAGUCUGUGGACACAGAGAAUGAGCCCACCAUCUGGUACGCACAGGAUGCCAACGGUGGGAUUUGGAAGCUGGACUUAUCAUUUUCUCACACAUCGCUGGCCCCAGAGAAGCUGAUGACGUACCACGCAGGUCCGAUCUGGAGUGCGGAUACCUCACCAGUGAGCCACCUGGUGGCCACCACAGGACAGGAUAGUACCGUGAGGGUAUUUGACUACGUGUCCAGAAAACAACUGUGUCAGUCUAGCUUUAACUCUGCUGGAACAAGCCUGACCUGGGUCCCAGAGAUUGUCGACCCUAAAGGCUCUACAGUUGUGGUUGGGUUUGGUGAUGGUGUUGUCCGUGUGUUGACCAUUGCUAGUAUACAUGAGCAUUCCCUGGGGCACAAGGGGAAAGAUGAGUGUGAGUUUGUGUUACGUCAAGCCUUCAAGCCGCACACAGGUUCUGUUACCAGCCUCGCCAUUGAUAACAAUGGAGAAGUACUGGCAACUGGGAGUGAAGAUGGAACUGUGUUUUUCAUGACAGUUGGCACAACGUAUGAGCCUGUAGGUUUUGUGAAAAUGCCAGCAGCUGUGCGGUCCAUUCAGUGGUCUCCAAAAAAAUUUAAAAAGUCAACAUUACUGAUCUUUUGUGACGGUGGAUGUGCAGUAGAACUAGCAGCCCCAGAGCAAGGCACUUUUGACACAGCUCACACAUUCCAGAUAACAGGACUGGAUAUGAAGACAUUCCAGUUCAACAGUAUCAAGUCUUAUUUACGGCAUGAGGAAGACUUGGCACGGCAGGCUAAAGAGGAGGAGGAGAGAAAAAAACGUGAGGAAGAGGAGAGGAAGAAGAGGAUAGAAAGAGGAUUAGAGACUGAAUCUGAAGCAGGCGACGAAGAACCAGAGUCGGCUACGCCACAACAGCCACCAUGGGAGCCUUACAUCCCUGAAGAACCCAGCCCCAUUUUGACAGGCUUCUACACCGACGAGGGCAAAUUCUGGCUCUCUAUGGGUGGAUUUGAUGCUGGUUAUCUGUACGAGUGUAAGUUCUUGUCAGAAGAGGAGAAAGCCAGCAUGAGAAAAGAGAAUAUAGACAAGCCCCUGAGGGCAGUGUCUGUCAUAGACUCCAAUGAUGUUCCUAUCACACAGAUCAAGUUCAGUUCUAAGGUGGAUCAGGUGCUGAUGGGCAUGGAGAACGGUGCUGUGCGGAUCCAGCAGAUGGACCCUGAGUCCCAGGAGAAGGACCUGGGUCUGAUGGGGCCCUACUGGAUGCUGACCAUCCACGACAACAACUACGGCCACAUCACUCGUCUACUGACCAGUCACGAUGACACCUACAUCCUCACUGUUGGCAGAGAUGGCAACUUCUUUGCCUUCAACAUGAUGGGACAGGAGGAGAUAAAGGAGAGAGUGGCUGAGGCCAAGGCCAGACUUCCAUCUGCCAGGGCUAUUGAGGAAGACAAGGUGGUUGAUGAUAUUGAUGACCCUAAUGCUUACAGUAUUGAAGAUGCCAAACAAAAAGCUGAACAUGACAAGAUGAUCCGUCAAGCCGAGGAAAAAAAGAAAGACGUUCGCCGUCACAUCGCCAAACUACGUCGAGACUUCAAAACUCUGCUGGAGAAGAACAAGACUUUACCUGAACAUCUACAGCUCCACAGAGGGGAAUUUGAAAUGGAUCGAGAAAUCAAACAGGAGCUAGAGAAGCAGAUUCAAGACAAGAUAGAACUGAUGAAGAAAGAGAUGGCAUGGGAUUCUGAGAAACACAGACUGGCUCUAGAGAAACUCCAGAUGAAGUUUAAGGAAGUGGUGGAGUGUGAGAGGAUUGUGGUGAAAUCCUUCAACUCUCCACAUGAGGUGGCCACAUUUAGGACGGCUAAACUCUCGGAUGACUUCUAUGACAUGAAGGCUUUGUUUCAACGCCGGAAAACAAUGUUCCUGUCGGGACCCUCCAGAGAUACCACCCGAGAACUACGAACAGGUCAGACCAAGCAGACAGAGGGUGGACAGGCCGUCUCUGAUGUGCAAGAGAAUGCCGACCUCAAAGUGAAAACAUCUCUGAAGGGUAGCAUGGGAGACCGCAUCACUCAGGCCUUACUCAAAGUGGACGAGAAGAAACAUCAGAGAGCGGUCAGAAAAGCUCAGUGGGAUGAACUGUUGGCCAGCAAACCUGAUGAUGAUUAUGAAGACCCAGCAGAUGUGGCGGCGAUUAAGGAGGCCAAGGAAAACAUGGGGGACUACAAGCUGAAGACAGCUCCAGACUAUGUUGUCCCAGAUCACAUGAGGAUGAACGUGGAGAAGGCCAGGGGACGACUUCUUGUCAUCAAGGAUCUCAUCCACCAGCACAAGUAUGACUUCAAUGCACAGCUGCUGGCCCUCCGGGACAGGAAGAUCUCCUUACUGGACGUCCUAAGGGAGUUGGUGAAGGAGCUAAAGGAGGUUCAGGCUGAGCUAGGGCCCCACAAGCGCCUGCCUCUCCCUCACAUACCCGAUCUCCACCCAGAGGAGAUGCCAGAAAAGCAGUUGGAAUACACCCGUGAAAGCCUGCUGGAAUUCAAGAAAGCACAUGAAGCAAAGGAACUGGCUGCUAAGAAAGGCAGUAACACAGGAUUUGGGGGAUUCGGAGGGGACGGAGAAGCAACUAAGCCAUCCUCACCAGCAGGAACUCCAAAACAAGGAACAUCACUCAGUAGUCUGACCAAGUCUGACUCGAAUGUGAUUAGUGAACAGGGCCCACCUACAGUAGCAGAUGGAGAAGAGGAGCUGUCGGACGCUGAGAGGCAAAUUAGAGAGGCCAGAGAAAUUAGGUUAUUGUACCAGAGAGACCAGAUUGUUCUCAAGAUCAAGGAACUGAAGCAACAUUUUGAUGCUGACCUACGCUUGCUGAGACAUGACAAGUUCAACCUGGACAUCAUCAUGAAGAAUGCUGAUCUCAGACAUGUGACGCUGUUUGAAGAGCUGGUUUUGCUGAAGGAGUUUGAGAAGAGUGAGGAUGUGCUGGCUGCCAAGGUGGAGAGUAAAGAGCAGGAGAAGUUGGAGAUGCAGGCCAAGGUUCUGGACUGCCAAAGCAAAUUGGAAAAUAAGAAAAAAGACAUAGAAAGGCUUCAGGAAAAAGAAAAAGCCUUACACGCAGCGUUUCUUGCUUCUCUUGGAGACAACAACAAAUUUUCAGAUUACCUACAGAAAGUUUUUAAGAAGAAAAUCAAACGAGCUAAGAAGAAAACUACAGAUGCUGAUGGCUCUGAUGAGGAGAGCGACGAUGAGAGUGAUGACGAGUCAGAUUGGGAUGAAUCUGAUGAGGAGUCAGAGUCAGAAACGGGGGGUUACGACUUGGAUGUGUGUCCUUCAGGCUGUGACCAGGCAAUCUAUGACAACACCUGUCAGAUGCGAGAGAAGAAGCUGGACAUUGAAGAACUGCUGACAGAGGAGAAAAAAGCCAGUGAAGUGCUGAAAAAAGAGCUGGAAAGUCUCCAUAAAAAAUCCAAAAUAAUUGACACUGGUUUGCAGGUGGCUGAAAAUAACCUGGAGGCCUUUCAGCUGGAGAAGCAACAGAAGAUCAACGAGCUGGACGUGGUUGUGACACUAAAGCUUCACCAGAUCCAGUAUAUGGUGAAUGGCGUGCUGCCUCAGGACCUGUGUAACACCCUGGUGUUUGAGUCCUCAGGGGUGUCCAGGCUACAGCAGAGGAUCAAGGAGCUCCAGCAUGAAAAGUCCAUGCAGAAAAGACAGAUGAAGGAGUCACGCAGGCAGCAUGUACAGCUGCUCAAGGACAGAAAGCACAUGGAGUCUCGCAUUAGGCAUAUGGAAGAGGAAUGUAACAGCACAAUGAUGGCCAAAUUUGGAUGUAUAGUGGAUUUGGAAAAGUUGGAGACCAUUACAGUGAACAGGAACAUUGAGGAACUCAAGGAAAAACUCAGACUGGCAGAAAUCACAAACUCAGAAGAAAUCUCAGAUUGGAUUGAAAAAAUCAGUGCCAAGAAAGAAGAGAUUACUGGUCUGAUUCGUGAGAAUACCCGUAAACUGAACCAGCUGUGUAUUCUGACAGAGGAGAAGAAGACACUGGAGAACUCUCUGGAUGCCAGACAGAAACAUGUGGGAGGAGAAUAUAGCGGAGUGAAGAAGUCAGAGGCUCGUGAGAGACAGAGGUUGAUACAACUGGUACAGCUUCAGGCUCAGGAGAUCGAUGCUCUCAAAGAGGAGAUAACUCUGUUGUCUCGAAAAGGUGGUCACAUCUUACCUCCAGCCCAGCCUCCGAUGCCCCAGUCAGCCUCCAUUUAGUUCUUCAUCCAAACCCAAUACUGCAUAUUUAUUUUGAUGUAAAUAACGAAGUCUUAUGACUUUACUUCUGCUGUGAUAGGAAGGACAGUCAUUGAAAGUUCCCGCUGCUACACAACAACCUUUGUAUGGAAAACAAAUGUCAAACAGAGUAGAACCAACCAAAGAUUGGCACAGAGUACCUUGUGAGUUUUUACUAAACAUCAGCAUUGUAUGUUUCAAUAACAUACCUGGCUAUUUGUGCGUACCAGUCUUCUAGUUUUCUCCAUUCCUCUCAAGUUGAAGCUUUACGUAGGUGUGUUUUAAGAAAAUUGUGAUAUGUACAUGUUAUUUACUGGAAAUAAAUACAACCAUUU